UUAGUAUCUCGGGCUCUCGCGCGCGCUCUCUCUCUAACUCUUUCCCGGCAGAUCAGGAGACUUCGGCUCCGCUCGGAGAAACAGCACAGGACUUUAUGGUGGAAAACCGUUUCAUAGUUUUACCUUUUUCUAGGGACCGGCUGUAUGAUUAAGCUACAAUCUUCAAUGAGUAAGCAUAUCCCACAGUUCUGUGGUGUUCUGGGUCACACAUUUAUGGAGUUUCUGAAGGGCAGUGGGGACUACUGCCAGGCUCAGCACGCUGCCUAUGCAGAUGAGUGAACAGCCAAACUCGCCAUCGAUCCGACGCACUUGAGCCACAGGAGGGACCCCGGAAAGUUGGCAGGACCGGGACUCCUCCCAGAACCAGCGAUAACUCGGCCUGGAUGGGGUAACUCCACCUGCUGCACACUGCCCUCGUCGGCUUCCGCCUGGCCAGAAUCAAGGUGGAACCAACCUUGGUUUUUUUUUUUCUUCCUUUUCUUUUGUUUUGUCCAAAGGAGAGGGUUUGAGUUACUUCUCCAAUUGUCCGCCCUUCCCGGCUGCCAACUUCCCAAAUUUGCCUGUUACUGUUCUUUUUGGCGGGAUUAUUUUUAUUUUAUUUUGACACUUAGCCUUGCCAACCUCGAAGAAGACUGGAGGAUUUUUUUCUUUCGGAGUUCCUCAAAACUUGUUGGACAUUUGUUUGACAUUCCCUCCGAGUUUAACUGUUUACAUUAGUGUUUACUCUGUGUAAGACAUUUUAGUUUUGUUAUACAUUGUUUUUCCGCAUUGUCACGAUGGCUCGAAUGAACAGACCAGCCCCUGUGGAGAUUACCUACAAAAACAUGCGGUUCCUCAUUACCCACAAUCCCACCAACGCCACCCUGAACAAGUUCAUAGAGGAGUUGAAAAAAUAUGGAGUCACCACGGUUGUGAGAGUUUGUGAGGCCACCUAUGAUGCCACCCUGGUGGUGAAAGAGGGAAUCCAGGUUCUGGAUUGGCCAUUCGACGAUGGAGCUCCUCCCUCCAAUCAGAUCGUGGAUGAUUGGCUGAACCUGCUGAAGCUGAAGUUCAGGGAGGAGCCCGGCUGCUGCAUUGCUGUGCACUGUGUAGCAGGGCUGGGGAGAGCUCCUGUUCUGGUGGCACUCGCUUUGAUUGAAUGUGGGAUGAAGUAUGAAGAUGCUGUCCAGUUCAUUCGACAGAAGCGCAGAGGAGCAUUCAACAGCAAGCAGCUGAUCUACCUGGAGAAAUAUCGUCCAAAGAUGCGCCUGCGUUUCAAAGAUUCUAACGGCCAUCGCAAUAACUGCUGCAUCCAAUAGAGCCAAACAUUGAGCCACACCAACCCCUCCCCAACCUACCCUCCAACACAGAAGAGUUUCAUUAAACCUUGCUAGCUUAUAACCUGGCAGGCUUCCUUUUUUUUUUUUUU